AGUUUCAAUUUUGCUGGGUAGGAAACAAAAUUGACCAACCCGCGUAUAUCACAGCAGCUUUCGUUGGUGAGAGCAAGAGUCGUAUAUAAAAGGCUAACUCGAGAAUCCGACACCUGCCUAACGCAACUUUGGUUUCCUUUCCUCUGGUUGGAGCACUAGAUCGCUAUCCACAGCUUGAAUCAAUGGAUGAUCCUGAACUAGAAGCAAUCAGACAAAGAAGGAUGCAGCGUUAGGGUUUGGAAAUGCUUGUGCAGAUUUCAUGUCUAUUUUAUCUUCGUUCCCCAAAUUAGGGCUUGAGCGGAUCCUGAAUUAGAAGCAAUCAGACAAAGAAGAAUGCAGGAGCUUAUGGCUCAACAUGGUGUGGGAGGGUCCGGAGGGAAACAACAAAAUCCGGAACAGCAGAGGGCAAAUGAAGAUGCCAAGAGGGAGGCUGAAGAACGGAGGCAGAUGAUGCUUAGUCAGAUUGUGUCAGCGGAAGCUCGUGAAAGAAUUGCUCGAAUCGCUUUGGUGAAACCUGAGAAGGCAAAGGGUGUUGAAGAUGUUAUACUGAGAGCUGCUCAAAUGGGCCAGAUAGCUGAGAAGGUUUCCGAAGAGAGGCUCAUUUCGUUGUUGGAGCAGAUCAACAACCAAACAACAAAACAGACCAAAGUCACUAUUCAGAGGCGUCGGAGCGUCCUUGAUGAUGAUGAUUGAAUUGUAUUUUAUAUUUAAAGACAAUGUUCUUGUUGGUUGUAUAUUUUAAGAUAAAGUGCUUGAUUUUUUGUGUUUCUAAAAUAUUCAACUCUGCUCAUACUUCUAUUGUGUGAUUUUGAUAUUUGUUUUUCAGUAAUAUUCUUGACGUGCAAA